CCGCGAACUACAUGCAAUGGCAAAAGCAUCACAAGUCGAAGAUUCCGACAGCUCCGUGAUGAACACGAGGGUCAAUGAACAAGAGUUAAUCGAGCUUCCAUGGUCCAGGCUUCCAUCUCUCGUCCGUGCACUGGCCAAGCCAAGUGACGACACGGUGAACGACGUUCGUGAUCAAGAAGAACUCAUCAGUGUACUGUCCAAAGCGGCGUCUACUAGCUCGACAGUAGACCACCAAGUCCUGCAAUGCAUCACCACGCUGAUAAUGCGAGCAAAGCGGGACUUUGCCCGUGACACGCUCCACGAACCCCAAGAACACUUCAUGCAUCAGUCGUUCUUGACAAGCUGCUCGUAUUUGUACGCGCACGCAGCAUCUAUCAGCGCUCUACCAAGAAUGUGCCCCGAAGUUGAAGAGCUACGUCGAAGUUUCCAAAUUUUGUUUAGUUUUCAACCGUCUGUACGUUCGCACGAUGGAGUCAUCGACCUAAAUCGGCUUGUCACAGUCUGGAAGAAUGUCACAAAGCUGUGCAAAACGUUCAGUUCCUUCAUCGCGACCCCUGAAAAUGCAUCUGGAAUCUCCAAACUCCUCAUGCAUGUCGAGUUCACUAUCCUGGAUACGAUGAGCUUUAUUGACCGCUGCCAACUGUCUGCCUCGGUGGACAGCACCACCAUAGCGCACAACAUCCAGGGUGCAAGGGUACUGUUCAAAGCGUUGCAGGGUUUGCUUCACACGUUCGCAAAUGUCCUACCACAACAAGAGAUCGACCACUACUGGGAGUGCAUGGGCCAAUGUCUUGGCGUCAUGUUUUGCCAUCGAACUUUGUCUCACGUUGAUGCAAGUUGUCAAAAGCACUGGUCAUGCCUGAUCGACGAUACGACAAAUGUCAUCAAAACGUCCUUUUCAUUUGGUGGGCCUUCGAAGAGAUCUUUUGCCACAGCAUUUGAGAUGAGCUUUCUCGACCUUGUGGACUCCAACGCCUCAUUUCCGCCUGAACGAGUUUUGCAUCUCCUCGUGGUGUAUUCAUGGUUUUCUGUUGACACGGACCACGACAAUCGAGGAGUACAGCUUUUUCGUCAUGUCGCUGCAUUUGAUGGCAUCGUGAAAGCACUUUCUGCCUUGAACGACAAUGUCACGCUCGCGAUGACUUUGGUUGAACCUACCCUGCGACUGUACUUUGACGCAUAUCAACGAGGAUCCACAGAGCUUCAGACGCGCCUUCUGCAGCUAACAUUCAAAGACCAAAGCGGCCACCGACAUUUGUGUCGUCGCCUCUGGAUUCAAGCUCUCUGCUUGUGGAACACGUACAACGAAGCCUGUGGCGACGAGAUUAUACAUCUGCUCCUGGACCUCACGUGCUCCAACAACGAAAACUUCGUUAAGGCUCAUCGAAUCGUUCUGAGCGAUUUACUUGUUGACAUGUAUCCCGCCAUGACACUGGCACAAAAGACUCUCUGCAUCAAUCGCUGCACCACUGUGGUUGAAAACAUGUGUGCUGAUGGCCCGAGCUACGACUUUAGUCUUGCUGCCGAAGCGACGUUGACUCUGCUUGAAAGACUAACUGUUGUUGGAAACUUCAUCGAUGGUGUGGACGUAUUAUGGCGCUCGACAUUCGUUGAAAAUUUUCUGGCGAUGAGCUUCGAGUGCUGUGGAACUGCUGUCAACAUAAUCGAACAAGCGUGCGAAGAAAACAGUCCUGUCGACAAAGGCAUUUGGCGGAUUGUUGACGCUACUUUGCUGAUCCUUCGAACCAUCUUUUCGUCCACCCAGUUCAACGUAUUGGCUCCAGAUGACCAGGAGGAAGUUGAAGGCUAUAUUGCCCAGACCAUGCCAAUGCUCGUAGAAGUUUUGCGCCGCCUCUCCAAAACGACAUCAGAAGCUUGGUAUGCUAUCAGUGACUGAUUGUUGUGACAAUUUUGGCGCAGUGAUAUUCAGCGCCGUAUCGUUCAAUCCAUCAAGUACUUGUUGACGACGUUCCAUCCCGGGCUCAGGCGAAAUCAAGAUAACCACUUGAUUCUUGUACUGGAAGCUAUGUUACGCAUGUCGAACAUCCCAGCCCUGAAAAUGCACUCAGCAUUACUUUUGAAGUGGCUGGCAAAUAUUCAAGUGCCCCCUUGCACCGUGGAAGCGGUGGUAUUUCUUUCCUGGUCACAUGUGCUGAUCUCUUCUUCUAGAGGAAAAUUUGGCUGCAGUAUUGCAAACUCAUCAACAUUUUACUGUCGUCCGCGGACUGGCCCAUCGCUUGCACUGCAUUGGAAGCCCUGUGGCUUGUGUUGUCCGAAUCCAGCUUGCCAGUCGAAUCCGAAGACGUCACACAAGAUUUCAAUCCGGAACACAUUGCGAUGGUAUUGCAAUACAUCGACAUGGUACACGAGAAAAAAGUGCUUGGUGACAACAAGCGAAAGCGGAGUAAAGCGCAAGUGCAAUUGGACCGCCUCGGGACACAAUGCGCCAAGGUCAAGCGAUUCUGCAUGAUGAGAGCUCACCAAAUUGACGACGACACCUUCCCGACUGCUAUCGUGGACAACGUGUGCAAUCUGUUGGAUGGAAUCAUGCGACGCCUUGACAGCAACGAUGAUCAAGCUAGGUGCUUUGGGACACAGUAGGGUAUGUUCGAAAUGUUUCAUGCAACGAGGGAUAUCAAUUCACUUUAGAAUGCAACUACGCCGCUUUAUCGGAAUGACCUUCCAAACGAGUUGAAAAAGCUCUUUUCGAUCUUGC